GCGCUUUGAUGCUCUCAGUAAUAAUCAUGGUUUAAAAGUUGUGUUUACAAACAUUGGCCAAAUUACCACAUGUAAGUGUUUAGUACCACACGGUUUAAAGAAUUUUCGGUUCAGUUUAUUAGAGUAAAAUGUUUCAAUUAAUUGAGUUAAAAGACACUAUCAGAGUACCUGCAAGUUUCUUCAACAUUCCAUUGGAUCAAGCAAUUGCUGAUCAACUCAAUAGAAAAAUGGCCAAUCGAGUAAUUAUUGAUGUCGGCCUGGGUAUCACAUUAUUUGAUAUUUUGAGUGUUAAUGAAUCAUUCAUCUACCAAGGAGAUUCUGGAACACACACGAAAGUUCAUUUCAGGUUUCUUGUGUUCCGUCCGUUUAUUGGUGAAGUUCUUGUUGGAAAAUUGAGAAGUUGUUCACGUGAAGGUGUUCAUGUUUCAUUAGGUUUUUUUGACGAUAUAAUUAUUCCUCCAUAUUGUUUACCUGAACCCUCUCGAUUCGAUGAGAAAGAACAAGUUUGGAUCUGGGAAUAUGAUAAUUGCGGAGAAAAGAGCAAUUUAUUUAUGGACAUUGGGGAAACUGUACGGUUCAAAGUGAAAGAAGAAGUUUUCACCGACACAUCACCACCAGGUCCAACAUCCACUAACCAAGAUAUCUACCAACCUUCAGGAUCAGUAGAUAAACCUGCAACGGAGCGACAGCGUCGGAUACCCUAUUUAAUUAAAGGUUCAUUUGAAGAAUCAGGUUUAGGACUUGUAUCUUGGUGGAAAUAACGAACAAAAAUGAAUUAAAUUCCAUAAGAGUCAUAUUUAAUUUAUGAUUCAACUUCUUGUAUACGUCUUCUAAUGUAAUCUACCAGAUCACUAUUACCACCAUCGUCAUCAGUUUUGUGAUACAUUUCAUAAAAAGGUAUAUUUAUCACAGAUACUCCUAAUUUUUGUAACAAUCUUUCUCUUAGCCUGUAAUGUCCGGAAAUUUGAGUAUAAUUUCGAUCAAUAUACAUCUGUUUGGUUUGAUAAACCAGAACAUGUGCUUUGAUAAAGCAGUUCGGAGUUCUGAUUGGACCUUCUAAUAGACGUAAAUGCUUCUGGACUGGUGUUACUAUUAAAUCAGGUAUUAAAGAUGUUGACAAUAAAUAACCUAGACGAACGAUUUGAUUAGGAAAAGCGUCCAUCGCUGCUCUGUACAAAAGACCGAAGUUCCUAUUAUUCAUGCUGCUUUUUCCUGAAUUUUGGUUAAUUAUUUGGUUGGCUGAUGUUCUUAAAUGAGGGUUUCUACUCCCUUUUAAGUAGACUGUAUCCAAGUUGUUUAAUCUUCCAACAUACUCUGGAUAUUUGUCGAUCAUAAGGCAGUCCCUGAUUGUCAUCAAUAACCAAUAAAACAAAUGAAUAUCAUGUCCAUCUAACAAUUUGAGAGAAAUGUAAAAAAAUCAUUUUAGACAAAGUUAAGCCAGUCAUUAUUAGGAAUCUGGAUGCUAGAAUAUUUAAAUAUGAAGCAAUAAAAAUUAAACGAAUCUUA